CGUGGGCCGGAUCGCUAACCCAGUGAUGCGAUGCGACCCCGAACGACAUCGCCGCCUCGGUGCCUCCGCCCGCCGCCACCGCGCGCCGGCGAGGAGGGCGCGUAAAAAGGGCGGGGCGCGGGGGCGGUCCUCCCACGCCUCGCGCCUGCCCCCAACCAUGGCCCUCCUGCCGUCAACCUCCUCCCCCUCCUGCCACCGCCGCGCCGCGCCCUUCGCGCCGGCCGCCGCCACCUCCGGCGCCCCCUGGGCGACCCCCCGGGGGGGAACCCCGCGCCUCGCGGCGGCCGGGGGCCGCUACGCCCUUACCUCCGCGUCGACGCAGACCCGUCCCGACGCGGUCGGCAGGAGGAGGUGUGAGUGCUUCGACCUCCAUCAGCAGAUCGUUCCUUAUGCGGAGGCUUACGCUUGGCAGAAGUCCAUUGUUAAGAGGAGGAUAGGGUUGCUAGACAGCGGCGAAGAUCACUCGGAUACCUUGAUUGCUUUACAACAUCCACCGGUUUAUACGUUGGGCUCUGACAGCAAAAAGGAAUACCUCCAUUUCCACAAGGAAGAUGCUCCUUUUGAGGUUCAUCAGAUUGAUCGUGGUGGGGAAGUGACGUAUCAUGGCCCUGGACAGCUUGUUAUGUACCCGAUUCUCAAUUUGCGGUACCACAAAGAGGAUCUUCAUUGGUACUUUAGGUCACUUGAAGAAGUGAUCAUCCGUGCACUGAAAUCCGCAUUCUUCAUCAAGGCAUCAAGGGUAGAAGGCCUCACAGGUGUUUGGGGGAUCAGAAAGUUGCAGCGAUAGGGAUUCGUGGCACCCGGAUGAUAGUUUACCAUGGUCUAGCACUAAACGUCACAACUGACUUAACCCCCUUCAAACUGAUUGAUCCCUGUGGCAUAAAAGAUCGUGGCGUUGGGAGCAUUAUGGCGAUACUGCAAAAAGAAUCCAAUGGAAGGGAAAUCGACGACAGAUUACUGAUGGAUAUAGCAUAUAACUCCUUGGUGGAAGAGUUUGCUGAGCUUUUCCAACUAAGUUUAGACAUCAGCCCUCAUUGCAGUUUUCAGUGAGACAACAAUCUCAUUCCCAGCCUACUGCAUGGUGUUUCAUUUUGGAGGCGGCAUGGUUGUCGCAGCCGUUCGAGAUGAAUUUCGCCGUGUUUGCAGCAGUCCACUCCACUCUGUAUAGCAGUAGCAUCAUGUAGUGCUUCUUUCUUGUAAGGAACAGUGUAUUUACCAAUUCUUCCAUACGAUCCGGUGCUAACAUCCGAACCGGCAUUUAAAAUAGUGUCUAUUGUUGUUUUGCAUCCACAUUUUAAAUUGAAAGUGUAUUUGUUUAAGUUGUCCCU